GCUCGUCACAGCUCUUAGUUUCUUUGCUUGUUAGACUUGGGAACUAAGGCGCGAUUUGUCUUCCGCUAGCAGCAACCACUAAUGAGCAUGUACGCAUGCGCGGAGCCCAACCCCUGGCGUUUGUGUGACGUCACUCGCGCGCCUGUCUGAACUCUUUUCUACUCUUCCGGGUUCGGAUGCAUGAAAUCUAAUAAGGGAUUUUUUUGGAAUAAUGUUCGCCAACUAAUAUGAAUGAGACUCUCUCAUGUGGCACAACUGGAUUUCACAAUAUGGUCCUGCUACAGGAAGGUUCCAGUGACACAUUAUACAUAUACACCCCUGAAUCAACUUAAAGGUGGUACAGUUGUCAAUGUCUAUGGUGUUGUGAAAUUCUUUAAGCCUCCAUAUCUAAGCAAAGGAACUGAUUAUUGCUCAGUUGUCACAAUUGUGGACCAAACAAAUGUAAAGUUAACUUGCCUACUCUUUAGUGGAAACUAUGAAGCCCUUCCACAGAUUUACAAAGUUGGAGACAUCAUUCGCUUUCACAGACUGAAGAUCCAAGUAUAUAAAAAUGAGCCUCAGGGUAUCACCAGCUCCGGAUUUGCAUCUUUGACAUUUGAGGGAACCUUGGGAGCUCCCAUCAUACCUCGUACUUCAAGCAAGUGUUUUCACUUCACUACUACAGAUAGCAAAAUGGUAGAAGCUUUGCGAGUUUGGGCAUCUACACACAUUUCACCUUCUUCAACCUUAGUACAGUUGUGUGAUGUUCAGCCAAUGCAGUAUUUUGACCUGACCUGCCAGCUCUUGGGCAAAGCACAAGUAGAUGGAGCAUCAUUUCUAUUAAAGGUAUGGGAUGGCACCAGGACACCAUUUCCAUCUUGGAGAGUCUUAAUAGAAAAUCAGGUUCUAGAAGGUGACUUGAAUCACCUCCGUCGGCUGCAGAAUCUUAUAAUAGACAUUGUAGUCUACGAUAACCAUGUUCAAGUGGCAAAAUCCCUGAAGAUUGGAAGCUUUCUUAGAAUCUACAGCCUUCAUACCAAACUACAGUCAGUGUCUUCUGAAAUCCAGGCAUCAUUAAGUCUAGAGUUUCAUCUCCAUGGAGGUACCAGUUAUGGCAGGGGAAUCACAGUGUUACCAGAAAGUAAUUCUGAUGUGAAUCUACUGAAGAAAGAUUUAGAAGCUGCAGAUUUGACAGCUGCUCAGCAUUCAGAUGUUACCUGCCAGUCAGACCAGGAGGACAGCUAUCUCAGCCUUUCAAGCUCUGGGUCAAUAUCACUAUAUGAGGUAGAAAGAUGUCAACAACUGUCAGCUACAGUACUUACUGACCAUGAGUAUUUGAAGAAGACACCAUUAUGUGCCGUUCUGAAACAAAAAGCUCCGCAGCAAUACCGAAUCCGGGCAAAACUAAGAUCAUAUAAGCCCAAAAGACUUUUUCAGUCUGUUAAACUUUAUUGUCCUAAAUGUCAUUCGCUGCAAGAAGUUCCACAUGAGAACAAUUUGGAUGCAAUUUUAAGAGACGGAGCAACUAAAACCCCAGACACCAGAUUACAAAAUACACCCUUAUAUGAUUCAGAGUGCUGGACCACUGAAGAUCAAGGAGGACGAAAAGUAGUUAUUCAUUUUGUAAAACAUAAUGGUAUUCUCCCACUUUCAAAUGAAUGUCUAAUUUUGAUAGAAGGGGGUACACUUGGUGAAAUCUACAAACUUUCAAGUGAGUUUCACAGUAUAAUUCCUGUAAAAUCUGGCCCUGAAGACCUGGAGCUCCUAGACCUUUCAGUACCAUUCCUUAUACAAGGAAGACUACAUCACUAUGGGUGUAAGCAGUGUUCUAGUUUGAAAUCAAUACAAAAUUUAAAUUUCCUUGCUGGUGAGACAUGGAUUCCUUCUUCUGUGGCAAAAGCUUCCCUUGGAUCAUCCACAUUCCUGGCUUUUCCAAACUUCUGGGGUCUCCACUGCACCUUCGGCUUCACACUUACAUCUUCACAAAUUGCCCUCUCAGGGGCACACUGCUUGGCCAGCCAGGCCCUUUACAAUUGAGGUGGAAGCCGUCUUACCCUCAGAAUUUGUGCAUUUUCUUUGCACCUAAAAUCAGCACCUUGUGGAUGCCACCAAGGUUUGCUGCUAGCUGAAGCAGUAGCCAGGCUUUUCUCUCUCUUGGUUGUAGGGGUCAGUUGCCUGGAUCGCAGGGCUCUGUUUUCUUGAUUGUGAGAAAAAGCUAUGUUGCUGCCAUUCUGGAAUCUCAUGUAGCUGCUGUCGCCAUUCUGGAACUAUGCGCUCUGCAGCUUUUCCCUCUGAGCAAUUUUUUUUACCUUUGCUGUGAGGCUGCACAGGGUGGGGACCCACUUCCUGGGAUGCCCUGGGCCCAUCUUUCUUAUCUCUCUGUUUCUCUUCAGGAAUCAAAAUCUCAACUCUGUCUCUAAAAAUUCCAGCCUUCCUGGAAUUUUCCUUCUGGCCAAAUUCACAGCAUUUUAAAUUAUCCUGCUGGGCUCUUUGCUCUUGAUUUGAAACAUACAGCUGGCUAAAAGCCCCCAACAAUAGCCAUGCCACAGCCUCAAUUUUCGAUUGCUUUUUAAAUUUCUUUUUCAAGAUUAAUCAAUCCAUUGCCCUUUGUCUCGGUCUCCGGCAAAGUCUCUGGGCAGGAGCAAAAUGCAGACAAACUUUCUGCCAAGCCAUAACACACAUCAUGUGGAGCCCAACAACCUAUACAGUCCUUCUUCCCAGCAGAAACCUCCCAAGCCUGGUCUUUACCAUCAGGCUUUCUAUCAGCCUUCUGAUCUCCUGAGCUCUGACCAGAAUCUCCUCUACAGAACAGCCUAAGCUGCUCCAGCUCUAUGCAUCCAGGUGGCAUGUCCAAACCUUUCCAAACUCUGGCCACAAGCCAUUUCCAAAGCCUCUCGAAAAACAUGGUCAGGUAUAGUCACAGCAAACGACUCCACUCCUGGGUACCAAAUUCUGUCUUGGUUAUUUUUUACUCAUCACUGAGACAAUAUACCUGAUGCCCAAGUUGGGAAAGGAAAAGUUUAUUUCUUACAGUUUUUGGAGGUUUCAGUCUACUCUCAGUUGGCUCCCAGGCAGGCGGGCAUGGCUGGCCCGCCUUUAACGCUGCUGCAAACAGCAAAGAGGAACUGGCAAAGAGCAAGACACACCUUCUUCCUGCCAUUACAUCACAUCCUGGCUCCACCCCUAUGUGGGUGGAGCACUGACACCAUCAAUCCAAGCACUAGACAAUGAACCAUCACAAAUGCACAAUGCAAACUCAUGAGGCCUGGGGGACACAGACAUAAAUCAUGACAAUGAGGUUUGAUAAAUUCAGAAUAUGGGGAAAAUUAUUUUUCUGACACUAGCCAAUCAGACUCUAGUAGCCUGAAGUACCAUUGUGUGGGUAUUACUUGUAUACUUUGUUGUAUUUUCUUUCUUCUUGUUAAAUCCUGUUACUCUGUUAUCUCCUAUUUUGUUUGGCCCUGUGAAAUCUCCUGUUAACUUUUAUAUAAACCUCAUAAUACCAAGCUUGUCUCCCCAUCAUAUUUUUUUCUUUUUCUUUUUUUGUCCUUUUGAGACAGGGUCUCACUAUGCAGGUCAGGCUAGCCUUGGACUCACUUUGCAGCCCAGGCUGGUCUUGAACUUGCAAAGGUCCUCCUGCGUCAGCCUCCCAGGUGCUGAGAUUACAGAAAUACACCACCACAUCCAGCUUCCAUCAUAUUCUUAGGAGAAUUUUUUUGGUCAUAGUUUGUUUGUGUGGUCUCUCAGCAUAAGCUUUAAGUUUAUCCUUCUGAGCUUCAGUGUACUGUUUAACCUGUUGAGAACUUUUGAAGACUAAACAUCAAUUCCCUUAUAUUAGUGGUAUGUAGUAUGCUUAAAUUCAUGUCAGUUUGCCCUAAUUUAUUAUUUACCUGCUUAGUUAAUCCUGGUCAUAUAUACUUUCCUUAGAUGGAAGCUAAUAAAGCAUUCGAUAAACUUAUUGAUGUAUCUUUUUCCUAAGUAUUCUUCUCCUAUGAAUUCUUUUGUUCUUAGUAUCAACAAAUUUCUCCUUUUUUCUUCAUUUUGUAAAACUAAAAAAUCCUUAUUUCUGACAUUUUUGUCCAUUUAACUAGAUGAUAUCCCUUAAAACUAAUAGGGCAUCACUGAUACUUACAAUGUGGAGGUAUGUUAAGAAAUAUUUACCAAAA